ACAUACUUGCCAUGAAACGUGUUUUGGCUAACGCGUUGAAUAUAGAUUAACAAAUCUAUUAUUUAAUUUAAAAGUUUGUUGUCGAAUAUAAUCGAUUAUAUGAACUAUGGUCAACGUCGAAGUGUUAAGUUUUGUGUGUUGUUCGGUCAAUGGAGGAUACCAAACUGUUAUUCAUGCCGAAGGACUUACCCAAGCUAUGAAGUCCAACAAUAAUGAGAAGUAGAGUUCGCCGUGAAAUACAAUGUCAAGCAGAUUAAUUCCUGCAAUCUGUGCGUGGGGUUUGACCCUAGGAACGACGUCACUUUUCUUUGUUUUUGUGUGCCCUGCCUUGAUCGACUUUUCUUUGCUCUAUACGCUAGCGAUUCCAAUAUAUGAGGGCAUUCUUACUCUAUUUGUCUUGCUCAACUUUGGGCUUGCAACUUUUAUGGACCCAGGAUAUUAUCCCAGAGCACAUGAAGAUGAGGUAAAAGAUGAUGAUUUUCGAGCGCCAUUGUACAAGCCAGUAGAAAUAAAUGGAAUUGCAGUCAGAAUGAAGUGGUGUACCACUUGCCAAUUUUAUCGGCCACCCAGAUGCUCCCAUUGUAGUGUUUGUAAUAAAUGUAUUGAGACAUUUGACCAUCACUGCCCAUGGGUGAAUAACUGUAUAGGCCGGAGGAACUACAGAUUUUUCUUCCUUUUCUUGUGUUCAUUGUGCAUUCAUAUGAUCAGUGUCUUCUCCUUUUGCUUGGUGUAUGUCCUAAGGCACAAAGAAGAUCUAAAAACUGUUGGAAAUAUUGUAGCAUUAAUAGACAUGAUAAUUAUUGGGUUACUAGUAUUCCCUGUGUCAGGGCUUACUGGCUUUCACAUCGUGUUGGUGUCAAGGGGGAGAACAACCAAUGAACAGGUCACUGGCAGGUUCAAAGGAGGACACAAUCCCUUCACCAAAGGAUGCUGCUUGAACUGUAAAUAUGCCCUGUGUGGUCCUGUCUGGCCCAAAUUAUCCUCUUAUGUGCCUAAACAUAGAACACUAUCAUUAGAUGCAUUGAAAGUCAAGUACUCAUCUGCUAACAAAGAAAUCAAGCUGUAUUCUGAUGCAAGCACCAAUGGAGUGAAAAGAAAUACUGCAGUUGUGAACCAAAAUGCCCCCCGCACUCCACUUUUGUCGGAUCACCAAGACGACCUACAUAGCCAGGGAAGUAGCCAAUCGGCAGGCUCAGAAAUCCAUGAUUAUCGGAAGUCUGAUUCUUAUACAAAUCUUUUUGACACUUCACAGUCAAAGCCUGUUUCAUCGUCGUCCAGUAAUUACCAACCAUCUCGAGGUCCCCCUAUUGUUCAUCAGCCUCGAAUUGAACAGUCACCUCAAAGAGGCAGACGAGCAAGGCAACAGGAUUCAAAGGCACCCAUGGCUCUUCCAGAGGAAUCCAUCAUGGGAUCUCCAUCAAAAUAUACUCCUCCUGCCCGUAAUAUUCUGAACAGCCCAGGUAUAGAUAGAAGUAACAAUUACCAGUCUCGUCAAGAGACCAGACCUUCACAACCUCAGUACAGUUCUCGCGACUCUCCGGGGUACAAUAAACCACAGUACUUUGGUCAGCAAAAUGGACACAGAAGGGAGAGAACUCCCAGUGCCGAGGGGUCUGUGGACAGUGUCGAUAGGAGACCCUUAAUGAACACCUCUGUGUCAUCUGGAUACAACUCCAGAUCGUUCGACACCUCCCCACUGGGGAGAAGUCAGACAUUACCAAACAAUCAGGGAGGAUUCUAUGAGGAAGAUCCAAGGACUGCUAAGAGACCUAUGUCUUUUGUUAAGGCUCUAGAAAUGAGUCAUUUAGUGGAACAAAAUCAGCAGGGGGCAAGGAAUGUGGCUGUACAAGGCAAGAAGCCCCCAGUCCCACAACAGGGGUCCCACCACCCCCACAAACAGAAGGGCAGGCACCGGGAGGGCAAGAAGAAGGUGGUUUAUGACACGAACUUUGAAGUUUCUGUUUGAAAAUGUGAUAACUCUUUUAUCAAUGAUUUUACAUUUGUGUACAGUAAGUGGGAGAAGGAAGGUGGAAGUUAUGUGUAUGUGAUUGUUAGGCUGAAAUGAUAAUGUGUCCAAAGGAUCUGCAAUAAAUUAUCAUCUGAACUAGUCCCAGUAGCUUUGUCCACUGAAAUGAUACUAGUAACAAUUCACAUCAGUUUCGUAAUGAGGUUCAUCUAAAACUGUGUUUUUGUGUCAUAUCAUCGCAUCGUCCAUUUUAGAGUGUCAAUCAUGUAUGUAUUUUAAGAAGGUAUUUUUAAGAGUGAAAAAUUUGUACUGAAAGUGCUUCCUUUUAGUUUUGAUUUUAGUAAACAAUUUCUAGUGGACCAAAAUAUAUUCCGCUCUUUAUUGAAUGGUAGGUUUUAAUUCUUGUGUAAAAUUUUUAAAAUGAACCUAAAAACUCUCCCCGUAUUUCAUGCAGAUGUGUAUGAAAAUAAAAAAGGAAGUAACUCCCAUGCACUUGGAAUUGGGUAUAUUUAGACCUACUCCCCAAUGCACUUGAUAUUGUUGCUUGAAAAUUAUUAAAGGUUGUGUGAUGUGUUUAUUUUUGUAAAACAUUUUUUAAUAAAGAAUGUGAUAUUGAUUUUAAUAACUUGUACAAGGUUCAGAUCAUGUUUUAAUUUGUUUUUCCAUCUGACUUUACGUGUGGCUUUGCGUUAUAAUCUCUUAAUCUGUUUUAACCAAAUCUCUUAUUUUUGUAUAAACUUUCUUUCCAUUGCAAUUUUAGGGUACAAUUCUUACCUGCAGAAAAUUAAAUGAAUAAAAAAUAUGGAAUCUGACUGGACACACCUGGAUUAAUAUUAAUUUCAUUUGAAAUGAGAAAAAAAAUAGUUGUCAGUCAUUCGUGUAUAGCAGUAGUUGUUACUGAAUCUUCAGAAAAAUGCUGUUAUAUACAGUAGAAAUUACCAGAAUACUCCUUUGAUUAUUGCUGGCAUUUUCUGUUUUAAUGUAUUAGUAAAACAUACAUUUUGUUCAAGUUUUGGUCACUAAAUAUGGUGAUAUGUGUAUCAUACCAAAAUGUUGUCAGAUGUGAACAUUUCAGGUCAAGCCUUCAAUUAUCGUAAUGAUAACAAUGUCGUCCUUACCUUAUUAUCACAGAACGUGUAUCACUUCAACACAUUAUAUGGUGUUUAAUUCAGCGAGAAAAACAAAGAAAGUGCUGAAAAUGAAAUACGAUUGUGAACAAAAUUUGUAAUACACAGGUUGAAUUCUAUGCCAAAAUCAGCAUGUACUUAUAUUACAUUUUUCUUUAGACAUGUAUAUGAUGUAGCCCAUUUCAUGUCCGGUAGUUGUGUAGAAAUAGGAUUGAAAAGGUGGAUAUUCACCUUAAAUCAUACAUUCCUUGUAAUACAUUGUAGUAAAAUACAUUAGUUUUAUUGUAAACAGUUAAAUUUUAUGUUUUUUUUGAAUUAGAAUGCAGUAUGAUUUUAAAUUUUGAAUAAAUGUGGGUCAACAAUUGAAACAUUCAAAAUGAAAUGAUGCUGAAAUUUCUGUACAGAAUGACUGACUGUUAGACAUACAUGUCCAUCAACUGUUUACCAAACUGUAGAAUGCUUUGUGAUGUGUGCAUUAGACUCGACUUGUGAACCUGCUGAUGUCAGCUCAUUUGGAAUGGUGACAUACAUGUACAUGUGUAUGUAUGGAUUUGCUGCUCACUUGCGACGUUGAUGUGCUUGUAUUAUUUAUUGGUUUGGAGCAGGCACAUUGAAGAGCUUGCUUGUUUUAUACUUUUAACAAGGGUAUUAUCACAAUGUUGUUUUAUACAGAUGUAAUAUCAAAUAUAAAUGUAACACUGA